AUGCAAUACAGUGAGGGCGCCAGUGAUACGUGUUUUGCAGCAACCCAGUGGCUGAAUGAGAUAGAUAAAGAGGAUGUCUAUUACAUACCGCAUCAUGCUGCAAAUUCAAGUAAAUUUCGAGUUGUUUUUGACGGUUCUGAUAAGACUACAACGGGUGUAUCUCUCAAUGAUAUUUUAUUAAAUGGACCUCGUUGUCAAGAUGAUUUGAAUAUAAUUAUUAUGCGAUUUCGUAAAUAUGGUGUUGCAUUAACUACGGACAUUACCAAGAUGUAUCGUCAAGUCUUAGUGCCAGAAAAUCAACGUGAUUAUUUGCGAAUUGUUUGGCGCGAAAAUGAGAAUGAACCACUGCGGCAUUAUCGUAUGAAAAGGCAAACAUAUGGUUUAAAAUCAAGUGCAUAUUGUUGUGUCGCCACUUUGAGGUAUCGUGCUUUGGAGCAUCGGCAUAAGUAUCCAUUAGCGUCAAAAGCAGUGUUGAAUUCGUUCUACGUCGAUGAUGGUACUUUGUGCGCAGAUACUGAUUUGGAUGCGGAGAAAUUGUACCAAGAAUUGAAUGAGAUGUUAAUGAGUUGUGGUUUUCCUUUGGCAAAAUGGGCCACAAAUAGUGCACACAUGAGGUCGGUACUUGGUGUUACCGCCGGCGCAGUAAGUUCAGUAAAUUUUUAUCUUUGUGAUGAAAGUUCAAUUCUUGGUUUGAAAUGGUCAAUUGCGGAAGAUGCAUUCCGUUAUCAUUACACUAAUUUAUCAGAUCUACCACCUACAAAACGAAAUAUAGUGUCCGCGGUUGCGAAGUUAUAUGAUCCUAUUGGGUGGUUGGCACCAG